AUGGAAUUACCCAACCUGCGGGUACGCAGGCUACGUAAGCAUUUCUCAAUAAGCCACCGUCGCCUUCGAUAUAUUUUCGUGGCAAUGUCUCCCACCGACCCUGCUGCCCAUAGCAAUGACGCUCGUCCCGAAGAGAGAGCCAUCACCAAGCCCGGUAAAGAGACGUGCGGAGUUGUGCUCCCAACCGAUGACGAUGUCACUGUCGACGAAGAGCUCGUCGAGGAUCAAGAAAUGGAAGACAGCUACGUAUUCGUCGAAGCUGACUACCAUUCCUACACCGACGUCGAAUCUUCUGUCACCGAAGGCUCGAGUUCGGAGUGCGGGCUGUCCGAGCGUGAAGAGGAGGGUGAUGUAGACUGCAAGAACGAAGCCGAUAAAAUGGAAGAGCAGAAUGGUGGUGUCAGGAAGGGAUUUGUCAAAGGAAUGACGGAGAAGAAGACUUCCGGUCCUGAACGUGAUGGCGGCAAGAAUGAUGGAAUAGAUUUGCCAGAUAUUGUGAAGGUAAGUCAAAGUUCGACAACCAAGCAUCAAGUUACUGAUGAGAAUAGACUAUGGUGUCGCUAUUCCUACGCUCGAUCAACGGAACUGGUUUUGCAGGAUUGA